CUCAGCAGAGAACCAUCGCCCCUGUCUUCUUCCCCCUUGCUCUUCCCCCACUGCUGUUACACAGACUUGCCCUCAAAUGCCACCUAGUCAGUACCAACGCUGACCCCAGGCAGGGGAUUGGUUGGACCUUCUGAACCAGAACCCCGUUGUGGAAAGAUUUAGAGUUGGUAGGCAGUGUGCUCUGGCACUCUGCAGAGAAAAUUCUGAAAACCAAUUAUCCCGUGCAAACAGGAUAUUAGCUUUUGUCAGAAAGACCAAAAAAAAAAAAAAAAAAAAAAGCUUGAGGUUUUUUUCUUAACAGCUUCAGCCUCUCCUCCUCCCUCUCACUCUCUUUUUUAUCUACUGAUUUCUGGCUGCAAGGCAAACCUCUCCAACUGUGGGCAGGAAGAGAUGGCAGCCGGUGAGACGCAGCUCUACGCCAAGGUCUCCAACAAGCUCAAGAGCAGAAGCACCUCCUCACUCCUGGAGCCCCUUGUGGCCAUGGGCUUCCCGGCACACACCGCGCUCAAAGCGCUGGCAGCAACUGGCAGAAAGACGGCAGAAGACGCAUUAGAUUGGCUACAUUGUCACUGCAAUGAUCCUUCUCUAGAUGAUCCCAUCCCUCAGGAGUACGGCCUCUUCCUCUGUCCCACGGGGCCCCUGCUGGAAAAACUACAGGAGUUCUGGAGAGAGAGCAAGCGUCAGUGUGCCAAGAACAGAGCUCAUGAGAUCUUCCCUCACAUGACUCUCUGCGACUUCUUCACGUGUGAAGACCAUAAAGUGGAAUGUCUGUACGAGGCUCUAAAGAGAGCUGGGGACCAGAUCCUGGGCUCCUUCCCCUCUGUGGUUCCUUUGGUCCUCCACUCUUCUGUCAGCUACCUUGGCUUCUUCGUCAACGACAGCCCCGCAGACAUCAUCCGGGAAUUCGCCAUGAUGUUCGCCAAGGAAGCAUCCAUCUUAGCAGACUGCACCGUGAAACCCUGCACCAAGCAGCUCCACAUGACACUGGCCCACAAGUUCUACCCCCACCACCAGAGGACGCUGGAGCAGCUGGCCAAAGGCAUCCCCCUGAGCCCCGGCUGCCAAUGGACGGCUGCACUGUACUCCCGAGACAUGCGCUUUGUACACUACCAGACCUUGAGGGCCAUAUUCCAGUAUAAACCCCAGAACAUGGAUGAGCUGAUGCUAAGUCCUGGCGACUACAUCUUUGUGGACCCAACUCAUCAGGAGGAAGCCAGUGAAGGCUGGGUGAUUGGGAUCUCGCGGUGGACGGGCUGCCGAGGCUUCCUACCUGAGAACUACACGGAGCGAGCCAAUGAGUCUGACACCUGGGUGAAGCACAGGACUUACACCUUCAGCGUAGCCAUGAACCCGAACUCCAGAAAGGACGGCGAAGCCAGCAGUGGACGGAAUGGAGAGCUCCAUCCUCCACAAACAUGCAGGAGUGUUAGUAGCGUGCAGGCUUUGCAGGCUACAGUCAUGAGAAGAAGUGUUUUGGUGGUACGCCACGGGGAGAGAGUGGAUCAAAUCUUCGGGAAGUCAUGGCUACAACAGUGUUCCACUGCAGAUGGAAAAUACUACAGACCAGACCUGAACUUCCCUUGCAGUCUCCCCAGACGGAGGAAUGGUAUCAAAGAUUUUGAAAAUGAUCCACCAUUAUCAUCAUGUGGAAUUUUCCAGUCCAGACUUGUAGGAGAAGCACUACUGGACAGUGGCAUUAGAAUCACUUCCGCCUUCGUCUCCCCAGCCCUCCGCUGUGUACAAACGGCCAAACACAUCCUGGAAGAGCUCAAAUUGGAGAAAAAAAUUAAAAUAAGAGUGGAACCUGGAAUCUUUGAAUGGACAAAAUGGGAGGUCAGCAAAACCAGCCCCACCCUUAUGACCCUGGAAGAGCUGAAAGAGGCAAAUUUCAAUGUCGAUACUAAUUACAGGCCUACGUUUCCACUCUCCUCCCUGUUACCAGCUGAGAGCUACGAAGAGUACGUCCACAGGUGUUCUGUGAGUGUGGAACAGAUCGUCAGCACCUGCUCGAAGGACGUGGGUGUCACCCUCAUCGUGAGCCAUGGCUCGGCGCUGGACUCCUGCACUCGACCGCUCCUCGGGCUGCCACCCCGUGAGAGUGGGGACUUUGCACAGCUAGUGAGGAAGAUCCCUUCUCUGGGUAUGUGUUUCUGUGAAGAAAAUAAAAAGGAAGGAAAAUGGGAGUUGGUGGAUCCACCUGUGAAGACACUGACUCAUGGGUCCAAUUCAGCAUUUAACUGGAGAAACUGGAUCCUGGGCAGCUAAGAACCGACUUCUUGUUUUCAAUAACUUCAUAAUGAAGAGGUGGAAAGUCUUUGCCAAGGCUGUAAAAUACUGUUAUUUUGAAGGUAUUUUGGUCUCACCUAAUGUGAGUUGUUAAAGCACAGAAUGCACUUUUACAUUCCAGAACAUUCGUCAUCUGCUUUUACUUCUGCAAUGCCAACCUGAGGGUCCAUCACCCGUGAGUGUGGCUGUGCAGAGCUCAGAGCAGACGGCCGGUCCUGGCACCAUGUUGCUAACACGGGCAAGAUACUGUGAUGUGAAAGUGAGAGUUGUGGCUUGAAGUGGAAAUGAGGAACCAUGACUCUAAAUUCCAAAAAUUAAAGACCCAUCACAAAAGAAAAAAAAAAAAAAAAGAUAUAUACACUUUCUUUCAUGUGUUCUUUUUAGUCAACAUUCCCAUUGGGUUUUCCCUUUUCCAUUUCUAUCACUCUUUAGCUAUGUCCAAACCAAAAAAAAAUCCACUGCCAUUGAGUCAAUUCCAACUUACAGCGACUGUACAGGACAGUGUAGAACUGCCUCAUAGGGUUUCCAAAGAGCAGCUGGUAGAUUUAAACUGCCAACCUUUUUGUUAGCAGCCAAACGCUUAACCACUACACUAUGUCCAUACAACCUAAUAUAGGUAUAACACUGGGAAAAAAAUGGCACAAGGCAACCAUCUACCAUAUCAAAACUGGGGACCUGCUGCUUGGUGUCAACAUCCCCUGUAUGAGUUUCCUCUUGUUGCUAAACCACACUUCCCGUCUUAAAACAAUACACAUUUAUCUUCUUACAGUUCUGGAGGUCAGAAGUCCAAAUAUGAUUUGGCAGGGCUGCAUUCCUUCAGGAGGCUCUGAGGAAAAUCCAUUUUCUUGCCUUUUCUAGCUUUUAGGGCUCAUCUACAUUCCUUGGCUCAUGGCCCCUUCCUCCAUCUUCAAAGCCAACAGCAUAGCACCUUCCAAUACCUCUCCCUGUCCCUCUGCUUCCAUCACCACAUUGCCUUCUGCUUCUGACCCUCCUGUCUCCUUCUUAUAAAGACCCUUGUGAUUACAUUGGCCCACCUGAUAACCCAGGAUGAUCUCCCAUCUCAAGAUUCUUAACUUAAUCACAUCUGCAAAGUCCCUUUUGCCAUGUAAGGUAAUUUACUCAGGUUCCAGGGAUUAGGACAUUGUUGGGGGCCAUUAUUCAGUCAACCACACUCCUGUCUUUCUACGCCAGCCAAGGUUGGUGAUACUGGGGCCCGGGUAUAAGGAUCUGAGACUCCUCUUGGUCCACAGCUUUGGCUUCUCCUUUUCUCCCUUCUAUCAGGUGGG